AUUACAGAGCGAUCGCGUCUCAGUGGAGGUAGAAACACCCACCCAACAAGGUGUACUCAGUUCUUACCUGUAUUUUAGUCAACAAAACGGAUAAGUUACAUAAAUUUGUGUACCGUCUUUGGUAAUUUGACAAGUACAUUAGUGAAUACAGUGAAAAUAGGAAGGUGACAGUAUAGAAUACUGUGAACAUAAGAACAAGAGAAAGGACGUAGUGAAGCGUUCCUGUGCUUUGAGGAAAUAAAGCACAGACCUGCGAUAACGAAAUUACGGUAAUCUUGGAAUGAGAAAAGAGGUUUGGACACAGAGAGGUAUAAAGAAGUGCAUAACCAGAACCCGAAACCGUACUACUCAGGUUCUUCAAGCAUGAGAUAGUACUCUGAUGUAGCGAAAACCAUAUCAUGAUUAUUUUUGCUCGGACGACUUUGGGUUUCAGGAGAGCAGAAAAAGGCAUUAAAGUGAUGUUGAUUUAACAGGCCUAGAUCAGAUGCAUCUUGUGUGAAUCCAGAGCACCUGGGAACUGAUAUCAGGACAAGAUGAACAAAAUGAUAAGAGGUCUCCGGCUGUUGCGAGGUGGGCGUGGCCGGGCGCUGAGGUUGGGCGUCCUGGCGGUGCUGGGCGUGUGGGCGUGGGUGGCGCUUCUGUCGGGGAACGGCGAUCCAUCUCCACAGCAGCAUGGCAAGGUCAGCAAGUCCCCCAGCCCUCAGGUCGCGGCACCAAUCAUCGUACAGCAUUCUACAGUUAGCCACGCCCCUCCAGAGAGCCUAAACCACGCCCCCUUAAGAAAAGAUACCGACAAGGCUCAGAAGGACAAGGUCAGCUUCAGCGCGAGCGAGGACGUCAACCCAAGGUACAACAUUGUAGCCAAGAAGGAAGGGGUGGACGUCGAACUCCUGCCCUUGAGAAAGCAGGACUUCGAGGACGUCCCCCUGGGCGACGCCGCGAGAGACAAGGGGGAGGGAAAGGAGGACCCAGCGGGACCUGACGCGAGAGAGGACUACGAUGAAGAUGAAGAUGACGAAGACGAAGAGGAGGAGGAGGAUCAAGGAAAGUGGGGAGGGAGGAACAAAAUGGCGAACGGAGACGAAGGCCUUGUCGAAGACGAGGACGCGAGAGCAGCUAAGGAUAACGUGGCUCUCGAGGAGCAAGGGGAGGAGGAAGGGGAGCACCAGUUGAAGGCAAUGUUGAAGGACCUCCAGAAGCAAGAAUACUGGAAGUCACCCGAAGGCGUGAAACUAUGGGAGAAAAACCGCAACCUGGAGGAGAGGAGACAGUUCGACUUCGACAACCCCGAGAAGAGCGUCUGGAAGGGAGAAGACGACCUGAUGGGACUCAAGGGGAAGAUCAGCGACAUGCAAACAAACGACCUAAAGGGAGACGCAGGUGCUGCUGAGAACGACUUCAAGUUGCGCAGGAUGAGAGUGAAGGAGGUGUGCAAGAAAUAUAACCUGGGUCCUCUGGCCAAACCUGGGUCUCGUCCGAGUAUCAAGCACCCGCCCACUCCCAACUACGACGUAUUCUAUAUCGACAGAAACGACGGACUGGCUUGGUGCCCCAUAUACAAGGCCGCUUCAACGACGUGGCUUUAUAAUUUCAUACUCCUUGGCGGCCUCUCCGACUCUUACGUCCAGAACACCAAGGAACAAGUCUCCAACGUGGCCAGGAAGCUGUGGCCUCCUCUUGAGUACACGCAGGCCGAUAUGGCCCUGAAGAUGAGUCUCAAGUUCAUGAUCGUCCGCCACCCGUUCGAACGCAUCGUCUCCGCGUAUCGAGACAAGUUGGAGAACCUAAACAUAGGGAAGGAACACGGAAUCGAACACUUCUACCAGAAAUACGGACGGAAGAUCGUAGCUAAAUACCGCCAGGAAGGGCAAGGACCACCAGUCGAUAGGUACUCGCAAGAUAAGGACAACCCUGCUCUCCCACCGCCGAAGGGUAUCGAACCGACUUUCGAAGAGUUCGUGAGGUACCUGAUUAACACGGAUCUUGUUUACUAUGCGGACGACCACUGGAUGCCCUACUACCUUCACUGCACCCCGUGUCUCGUUGACUAUGACGUCAUUGCGAAGUUCGAGACCUUGGACAGGGACCAGAAGUACAUCAUCGAGAAGAGGAAGUUGGAGAAGAAGAUCAAAGUCUCGUGGAAGCACCUGACGAAGGGGAAAAAGACGUCAGAUACAGUUAAAAGAUACUUUAGCACGAUAACUAAAGAUCAGUUACUGAAGCUUUACCAGAAAUAUAAGGUUGAUUUUGAAUUAUUUAAUUAUUCUAUUGAUGAUUAUUUGUCUUACGUGAAACCGUCAUAGUAUAUGAUGCACAGCUUAUUAGGAUUAGACAGGGAGUUAUAUGCACAAGUGAUAUCCAUAAAGUAAUGUGCAAUGGAUUGUUAUCAUUUAUAUUUUGUUUACAGGAGAUGUACCCUUGCUUAUACAUUAUAUGCACAUUUUUAGUAUAUAUAUUAAAUUAUAUAUAAUACAUCAGCCUAUUCUUUGUUCUAAUAAAGCAUUAUAUAAAGUAUGGAAAAUUAUACCACGAUAAUAUCUGGUCACAAUAAAAGAUAAAAAGUUA